UUCAAAUUUCAAUUGUGUGUAUGUAUUAGUGGUAUUUAGAGUAUAACAAAAAAUAUAUAUAAACCGUGUAAGAAAACUUAUAACAUUCGUUAGUGCUAUAAACUAAGAUUGCCCAUGGCCUUAGAGGAUCGCUGCAGCCCACAAUCAGCACCAAGUCCGCCAGGCCUGCCGCACUCACCUCCAACACAAAGUUGUUCCGCACUACCCUCCAGGAUUUUGGACAUGAGUUUAUCGCAAGCGGAUACUGCUACGGCUGUCACAGCCACUAUGUUGCCGCACACAGUGGCUGCUUCUUUAUAUCAGCAACAGCAAUUGCAGCAUUUGCAACAACUGCAACAAUUACAGCAAUUACAUCAACAACAAUUGGUUGCCGCCAGUGCUUUCCCUUUGCCUCAUGCCAACUACGACAUCGCCUUACACCAGCGCCUAAGUCUAUCGCCCGGAACGCACUCAACUUCGUCGUCGACGCCAGCAUCUACUAUGACGAUUAAAGAAGAAGAAAACGAUUCUAUAAUGGGUGACAGUUUCAAUGGCACCGACGAUCAUAUAAACAAUGCUAAUAAUGUCACCGAAGAUGAGGAUGACGAUAUCGACGUUGAUGAUGUGGAAGAGGAACGUUUACCACCGCCGGCUCAUCAACAGUCCAGCAAACCUGCCCUGGCUUUUUCUAUAUCGAAUAUUUUGAGCGAUCGCUUUGGCGGCAGUGAAACUAGCAACAAUAAUAAAUCUUCUGAAUCAGGUGUAGACGGGCAAACAACAAAGUCUCCGUUUGCUCCAAAUCCGGCAAGCAUUUUUCGUCCAUUCGAUCAUGCUCGAGCGGCUACGGCUACACCAUCCGCCUUCACACGCGUAGACCUUUUGGAAUUCAGUCGACAACAACAAGCUGCAGCCGCUGCUGCUACAGCCGCAAUGAUGAUCGAACGUGCCAAUAUAUUAAAUUGUUUUAAUCCGGCAGCCUACCCGCGCAUACAUGAAGAAAUAUUGCAAAGCCGUAUGCGACGUACUGGAGUUUUGCCACCUACUAUAGCAAAGCCUACAGAUGUCAGCAACGCAAGCAAUCCGUGUUUGGAAAAAUCCGCUUUGGGCUCUUUGUGUAAAACUGUAUCACAAAUUGGCCAAACAUCUGUUAGCCAACCCGCCUCAACCAAUUUAGCCAUUAACAGCAGCAAUGCCUCGACCAUACCUUCAACCGCCUCAUCAAUUGCCAAUUCUUCUAUUUCUACCGCACCAUCCCCAUCGUUAUGUUUAACGUUAGCCAAAGCCAGUCUCAAUAGCCCACCAGCAACAGCAAUAGCCAACAAUAAUAGCUCAAGCGUAAAUUCAUCACCUUCCGCUCGCUUGGUCACGAAAAGUAUUAGCCCCCAGCCGAUUACCGCACCAUCGGCAAUAAGCCGUGAUUCAGGCAUGGAAUCCUCAGAUGAUACACGUUCCGAGACGGGCUCGACAACUAAUUCGGAAACGAGUAAAAAUGAAAUGUGGCCCGCGUGGGUAUUUUGUACCCGUUACAGUGAUCGUCCUAGUUCGGGACCACGUUACCGACGACCAAAACAACCCAAAGACAAGAAUUCCGAUGAGAAACGACCACGUACUGCCUUUUCCAGUGAACAGUUGGCGCGUUUAAAGCGUGAAUUCAAUGAGAAUCGUUAUCUAACUGAACGUAGACGUCAACAAUUAAGUUCUGAAUUGGGCUUAAAUGAGGCGCAAAUAAAAAUUUGGUUCCAAAAUAAACGGGCGAAAAUUAAAAAAUCGACUGGAACGAAAAAUCCUUUAGCUUUACAACUAAUGGCUCAGGGUUUAUACAAUCAUACUACGGUGCCAUUAACUAAGGAAGAAGAAGAAUUGGAAAUGCGUAUGAAUGGGCAAAUACCGUAAACUCUCUCUCUCUCUUUUCAAGUAUACGCUUGCUCUCUCGAAAUCUACUCGUUAUCUCUCUAUCAUCAGUGCAAUAUAUAUGUUUGUAGGUAUGUCGGCAGAAUAAUAUUAAACUGCAAUAUAAAU